CACCAGCAGCCUUGUGAAGAGUUGGUGUUGUAAACUUUACAUUUUCUUAAUUCUUUGAUUUCUUUCUCACACUAACUGAGCUAAUAUAUUCCUUCAAGCCAUUGUUCUAAAACCUGGUUUGUUCAGAAGAACUUUGAAUAUUACACUUAAAUUCCAUUUGUGAUGACACACACUGUGUGACCAAAAGGGAUCAAAUCUGACAAGUUCUCUACUCUAAUAACAGCUCAAUCUAAUGUUUUACAGACUGAAGAUGCAGAUGCAGAAAUGGCCACCAGGAAUGUAAUCUCAGAUUCUGAGGACUUCCUCCAACUCUCUGAGAUGAGGAUUAUGCGGCUGGGGUGCAGAGAAUCUGGGAAGAGUUCAGCAGGAAACACCAUCCUGGGCAGAGAAGAGUUUGCUUUAGGGACAACCGUUCAGUGUUUGAAGAGACAAGGAAAAGUAGCAGGACGGCAAGUCACUGUGGUAGACAAUCCAGGAUGGUGGAGGAAUCACACUGUAGAGGAGACUCCAGAGCUGGUUAAAGAUCAUAUUGUGAACAGUGUGUAUCCUCCAGGACCCCACACUCUCCUCCUGGUCAUACGGAUGGAUCCUUCAUUCACUGAGAAAAACAGAAAGGCAGUAGAGGAACACCUUGAGCUUCUCAGUAAGACAGUCUGGAGUCACACUAUAGUGCUGUUCACCUAUGGGGACUGUCUGGGAGACACAACCAUUGGGCAGCACAUUGAGAGUGAAGGGCAGGACGUCCAAUGGCUUGUUGAGAAAUGUGGCAACAGGUAUCAUGUGUUCAACAAUAAGAACAGGGGUGAUGGCACAUAA